UUCUGGAGGCACAAAGGUUACAGUGAUGCUUUCUCGGAAUGGUGGGGUGAAGAUCCUCGAGACUAGAUUUGGUUGUCCUAUACACAGCUACCUUGGUGCAGGUGCAGCCAGGAGGUGUCCUCUGGAGCGUGGGAGAAUCUGAGCACCUUUGGGGUCUGUGGUCAGAUGCGAUGGCUGUCUGGGAGAUGCAGGUGUAGGAAUAGAGAGGCAGGACUAGAGCAAAGACAGGGAUUUUCACUCAUGAGAAAUUCAAGGUAACUUUUCUCAAGGGAUGUGCUACCUGCCUUCCUGCAGGGGAGUAAGUGGACACCACAAAGCCAGUGAUGUCUUAGUAAUACCUUCUAAAAUUCUAAAAAUUCUAAAAUUCUGAAAUUCUAAAAUUCUAAAAAGCGUGGCUGGGGUGGGAAGGGACCCCUGGAGCCCACCCAGCCCACCCCCCUGCUGAAGCAGCUCUCCCAGAGCAGGUUGCACAGAGCCGCGUCCAGGCGGGUUUGAAUGUCUCCAGAGCAGGAGACCCCACAGCCUCUCUGGGCAGCCUGUCCCGGUGUCCCGUCACCCUCAGGGGAACGAUGUUCUUCCUCACAUUCAGAUGGAAGUUCCCGUCUUGCACUUUGUGCCUGUUGCCCCUUGUCCUGUCGCUGGGCGCUGCUGAAAAGAGCCUGGCCCCCUCCUCUUGGCACUCGCCCAGAAGUAACUUAAAAGCAGAAAUUUGGCCACUGAGAUGGGAUUAGAUUGGACAUAGCCUGGUGCUGUCGCCGUACUCUGGUUUGGAGGGGGUUUUGGUUGCUGAUGAGAAGCCAUAUGUGCUGAUGAAGGGGCAGAAUCUGUACUUCCUCAUGGCACCCAGGAAGAUGCAGAAACCAUGAUGGUGUUGGACAUUGCAGUCAGGUGUUUUAAUAGUGUACUGUUCUCUUGUCUGCUUCGCAAUCAGGAUGCAUCGAAUGAUGAAAGAAGAAUCAAGUUUCAGGACAAGCAGCUUGGAAAACAUGACGCGGGACCCGAGCAAAGAAAAGCUGCACAUGAAGCUCUGCAGUGGGUCCUGCCAUGCUGAGCAAAUUCUCCAGACACUGAACUCCUACCGGCAGAGUGGCAUCUUCACAGAUGUGGUGCUGUUAAUUGAUGGACAAGAAUUCCCCUGUCACCGUGCCACUUUGUCAGCCAACAGCACAUAUUUCCGGGCCAUGUUUGGUGGCAAUCUCAAGGAAGGCCACCAGGAUAUCAUUAAUAUCCAGAAGAUAUCUGCUUCCACUAUGUCUCUCCUUCUUGAUUAUAUGUAUGGGGGGAACAUCAUAAUUCAGGAGGACAAUGUUGAAGGCAUCUUGGAACUGUCUGACUUGCUGCAGAUUUCCAAGCUCAGAGAUGCUUGUGUCACCUUCCUUGAAGGCCAGCUUCACCCAUGCAAUUGUUUGGGCAUCAUGAAGUUUGCUGAUUCAUUCUCCAUCGCGUCUCUGACAGAAAAGAGCAAGAGGUUCAUGCUGGAGUGUUUUGUGGAGGUGUCGUGUCAUGAAGAGUUCCUGGAGAUGGGUGUGAAGGAACUGGUUGAAUAUCUGUCUGAUGAGCAGCUGGUGGUCCCCAAGGAGGAAGUGGUCUUUGAGGCAGUCAUGCGCUGGGUACGGCAUGACGUACCUGCCAGGAAGGGAGUCUUGAAGGACCUCCUUGAGCAUGUACGUCUGCCCCUGCUUGACCCCACCUACUUCCUGGCGAAGGUGGAAAUGGAUGGACUCAUCCAGGACUCAAAGGAGUGCAUUCCUCUGCUGCAUGAGGCCCGCAAGUACUACAUCCUUGGGAAUGAGGUCAGCUCUUUGCGAUCAAGGCCCAGAAGGUUCAUGGAGCUGGCAGAAGUCAUCAUUGUCAUUGGGGGCUGUGAUAAGAAAGGCCUUCUGAAGCUGCCCUUCACAGACCUCUACCACCCAAAGAGCAGGCAGUGGACAGCCCUCUCCAGCGUGCCUGGCUACACCAAGUCAGAAUUUGCUGCCUGCACACUGAAGAACGAUGUGUACAUAUCAGGAGGACACAUCAGCAGCAAUGAUGUUUGGGUGCUGAGCUCCCAGCUGAAUGUCUGGAUCAAAGUUGCUUGUCUGCAGAAAGGCCGAUGGAGGCACAAAAUGGCAACACUUCAGGGCAAGAUCUACGCUGUGGGAGGCUUUGAUGGCUUUUACCGCCUCUCCAGUGUGGAGUGCUAUGAUACCUUCUCCAACAGCUGGUCAACCUUGGCCCCAUUGCCUCAAGCCGUGAGCUCAGCAGCUGUGGUCUCCUGCCUGAACAAGAUCUAUGUGCUGGGCGGUGCUGUGGAUGACACCGCUAACACUGACAAGGUUCAGUGUUAUGAUCCAGAGGACAACACGUGGACGCUGUUGUCUCCCACCCCUUUUUACCAGAGGUGCAUCAGUGCUGUCUGCUUGGACAACAUCAUUUAUGUUGUAGGUGGACUCCUCAGUAAAAUAUUCAGCUACGAUCCAAGGAAAGACAGCUGGCGAGAAGUGGCCACCCUCCCUGGGCCUCUGGAAAGCUGUGGCCUCACAGUGUGUGGAGGGAAGAUUUACAUCCUGGGUGGCCGAGAUGAGAACGGGGAAGGCACAGACAAAGCAUUCACUUUUGACCCGGUAACAGGGAGCGUGGAGCAGCAGCCACCGCUGCAGCGCUGUACCAGUUAUCACGGCUGUGUGACCAUCCUGCAGCGCACGAACAGAUGACCACAGGGCUCCAACUGCAUCUGCCUCACCUUGAGACAGUGGCAACCCAGCAUGUGGACAGACAUCUCACCUUUGUGUGGGGAAGGGCAGCGCAAGACAUUGAAGAUGUGCUCCAGCCAGCCCCUGAGCAACAUCUGUUUUGUUUUUCCUGGCCUACUGAUGCUGAUGGCUUUGAUGCUGAUAUAGGUGAGAGGAUGAAAGGGUGCUGGGCUGUGUGAAGUUGCAUUGCAGACCUUGCCACAGUAGGGUUCAAGUAUCCUUGCAGCCCCUGGAACUAUUGAAUUGGACCUUUACUUAGGUUUUCCUGGCUGUAGAUUACAGUUUUCUGUUAUGUUGGCAACAGAGGCUGGCUGUCCUGCAAGGACAUGUAUUUGCUUCUUUCUGACAUACAAAACUUGCAGUAACAAUUACGGGAUCCAAUUCUUCAGCUGAAGCUAUCAGAUAUUUGUGUGUUUAGCUCUGUAGAACCCUGUGUCAAACCAUGGUGGUGACCUCAAUGGUCAUUAAUGUCCAUGAACAGUUAGCCCCAUUACAGCGGAGAGCUGAGACUGAAAAUUCAAAGCUGAUAUCCCAAGGUUUCUCCACUAAAUCCCCAAAAACCUGGUUAAACAGUCCAAGCUCUGCCUCCAUUCUGCAUGUACUCCAUUCUACAGUACUGUAUGAGGGUCCUUUCCCCUAAAGCACAGAGUGCUGUCUUUUUGCAUACAAGUUUUGUGGUUGGACUGCUGCCUUGCUGUUUCUCUGUCAUUGAGAGGACAAGUGACUUGUAGCCAGGAGUUCCCUCUUCAGAGAGCAGCGGCAGCGGGCACUAUUAACGUGUAGGAAUUAAGCAUGAAGACCUGAAGCCACAGAAUCACAUCUGGCUCAUUUUGGCUCUGGAGUAUGCUAGCAAGUAUUAAACUCAAUAUUUAACAGAUUUGAUACAGUGUCCCUGGGAGCCUAAACAUGCAGCUCAUUCAGAGGGCAAGCGUUCAAUUACACAGACUGCAUUGCUCCAAGCCAGUUGGUCUUAGGUCCAGAAAUUAUCCUGAGCAUAUUUGAUUUGGUAGAAUAGCCGUAGCUUUUGGUGUCAGUAUCUUUAGUCCACAUCUGGAACUGGUAAUUUCUGAUGGCUCCAUGUAAAUGUUUGUGUUGUUCUGUUAGGGACUUAGUUGCUGCCAAAUGUAGAGUGGGCUCUCUUAAAAAUUCCCAUUACUUAUACAUUGCAGGGUGCACCCCUCUACAGCAGGCUGCUGGCUGGCUGCUGUUUUCUCUGCACCUUCCUUUCCCCCACC